CCUCCAAUCAGAGGCCCGGCCGGGCACAGUGGGCGGGAUCUGGGCAGGCUCCAGAGCGUCCUGGGGCAGGCGCCUCCUGCUAGACCCGCGCCAGCGCCCUGCGAGGGACCAGGCCUGUGGGGCCGCGGGUGACGCUCUCAGCGCCCGGGAGGGACUCUGAAUAUGUCUGGCAUAGCUCUUAGCAGACUUGCACAGGAGAGAAAAGCCUGGAGAAAAGAUCAUCCAUUUGGAUUUGUAGCAGUACCUACAAAAAAUCCAGAUGGCACAAUGAAUCUAAUGAACUGGGAGUGUGCUAUUCCAGGAAAGAAAGGGACACCAUGGGAAGGAGGCUUAUUUAAACUACGGAUGCUUUUCAAGGAUGAUUACCCUUCUUCACCCCCAAAAUGUAAAUUUGAACCACCAUUAUUCCAUCCAAACGUGUAUCCUUCAGGCACAGUGUGUCUCUCCAUCUUAGAGGAGGAUAAGGACUGGAGGCCAGCAAUCACAAUUAAACAGAUCUUGUUAGGAAUACAAGAACUUCUAAAUGAACCAAAUAUUCAAGACCCAGCUCAAGCAGAGGCUUACACAAUUUACUGCCAAAACAGAGUGGAAUAUGAAAAGAGGGUUCGAGCACAAGCCAAGAAGUUUGCACCAUCAUAAGCAUCUGUCAUGCAGCAUCUUAAAAAGGAAGGGAUGGCAAGAACUUGUUUACAAAACUUUUGCAAAAUCUAAUGUUGCUAUGUACAAUUAAUAUCCACUUAGGGGAGGGGGUUGUAUGUGUGCCAUUUUCCAUAUUCGCCACUUGUAUACAGUUCUAAAUUUGCUGAAUUGCCCCCCGUUUUUUCAUACAGGGUCUCUUCCUUCAGUCUUUUGUAUUUUUGAUUGUUAUGUAAAACUUGCUUUUAUUUUAAUAUUGAUGUCAGUAUUUCAACUGCUGUAAAAUUAUAAACUUUUAUACUUCUAUAAAUUCACUAGUAUCUCUAGUUACUUUGCUAUCUGAUGCAGGCAUGCUUUAAAAUGUUAGAACUAUAUUUAGCCUCUAGCUGGCUGUAUGAAAAAAAACAUGCCCUCUACCCCCUUCCCUCCCUGAGUUUGUUUUUCUAUCUUUCAGAAACUAGGUUGUUAUUGCUUAAGAGCCUCUGAGAUCCAAAGUCAGCCAGCAUCCUUAUUCUGCAUCACUUCCUUUGUGUUUAUAUGGCAUUCUGUCUGUGUUGCUGUUUAGAGUAAAUAAACUGUUUAUAUAAAGGG